AUGUGGAGCUUCGCACUGACCUGGCUGCGUCUUCUGGGCAUUCAGCUUGCUGAUCCCGUAACAAGCUUUUCUCAGUCGAUCCAAGAGCUCCAGAUGUGCCAAACGAUCUUCUCCUUUCUGGGCGAAAAUCCAACCGAAACAGCAUGGCCCGACCUCCGUUCCAUUCCUCUGAUUCCCGCGGUUACCAUCGAAGCCACGGCUCCGCUUUCGACGCGGCUUCGUCGAUUGAUUCCGUCUUCGCUCUGUAGUGAUUCGGGGAUUCGCUUGCUGUGCCGACUGCUGCGAUUGGUUCCUAGCGAUCGAGCGACGGUUGAGGAAGUGUUGCAAGACGUGUACUUCGAGGACUGUGUGUAUGAGCGCGUUCAGAAGGGCGAGUUGGGUGGGAGCGGCGCGGAGAUGUGA